UGUGUUAUAUUCGAAUUUGAGCUACUGUCUAAUGACAGUGAGCAAUACCAACCUUAACAAUUAGAAGUGCCAAAAUGUGAAUAGCAUAAAAGAGGAAUAAACUGAGGACCCGUCCUCUUUCGUGUUUGGAACGUCAACGCAGAAACAUCUAUUCUUAUUCUACCAACCUCGUCACAUACCCCCGGAGUUAUAUAGUGAGACUUCAUCGUCAGACAUAAUAGUGGCUGCGAGGAGAAAUCCACGUGAAAAGAUCGUUUGUGCUUCAUUGUGCGAAACAAGUGAAUUUAAUAGACUAAACCCGAUAGUGGACGCAACAAAAGGCUACAGUCGGUAGCGUCAGGGGUGAAGUGAUAUUUUUUUUUUAUCGCGUGCAAUAUUCUUUAAGGCAAAUAAAGCAUAGUGGAAAUCCCAUUGUGAAACGUAAUUUUGCCCCCGCACAGUGGUGCAAUCGUGCUGCCUUUAAAUUACUUUUCUAUUGUCCAAUUGACAUUGAAAAGUCAAGGUCACCAUCGGCCACGCAAUUAAUGCUAAUAGAACGACAAAAGAAACUGUGGUUAUUAUUUAUGCUAAACGUUGUGUUUUCUAUUUUUAUUCAAUUAGAUAUUCAACAGUUUAAGUGAGGUGAGCCUACGGUGGACCAAGUAGGUACCGUACAAAGUUUUCGCUAAGGCUAGAGCGAGUUUGUCUCGACGAAAGGGUGUACGUACUGUACGAGUGGAUUUGGUUGUGUCUUUCUGGACUUCAUCUGGUAGCGUCAUUCGAAGGAAUUGAUCAAAAAGCAUCGGUCCUGUGGUGCCAUACAAGGUAGCUAGCUGGUGUAGCGCAUACUACGUGUCGCAAGGUGACCCCAAAGUAAUUGAAUAAUGGCUCAAUCCAACAUGGCGUUUACCAUCGAGCCAUACCGCCGGGGCGGAAAGUUUUCGGACUGGGUUGAACGUUUGACCUAUUUUUUCUCAAUGAACAAGGUCGAAAAAGAAAAUUACAAGGCGUAUUUCAUUACGAUGAGUGGACCAACCGUUUUUACGGAAUUGAAACUAUUGUUUCCAAACACCGAGCUUACUCAGGUCUCUUAUGAUGAGAUGAUCAGGAAAUUAAAAUCCAGGUUGGACAAAACCGAGACCGAUUUCAUUCAGCGUGUUAAAUUCAACAAUAGAGUUCAAUUGCCCAACGAGUCAGUAGAGGACUUCAUCCUUGCGGUCAAGCUACUUGCGGAGUUUUGCGGUUUCGAGAAUUUUAAAAACUCCGCCAUUAGAGAUCGCAUUGUAGCAGGGGUACGGGACAAAAGUUUGCAACAACGGCUUUUAAAUGAAGAUAACCCCACUUUGGAAACAGUUGAGAAAGUAGUUGCAACCUGGGAGAUAGCAACCAAUAAUGCCGUGUCCUUGAAUAUCGAUACCGAGAUAAGCCAAGUGGGAGCUCUUCAUACUCCAGGUCAUCAGGGCCGUAGAACGAGUUACGAUAAAUUAGCUUUGACUUAUCAAGCUGCAAGAAACUUGAACAGAGGCUCGGUUAAAGAUAGGUUAGGGUUCAGAUCUACUCCGCGAGGAACCGGAAGGAUCGAUUCAUCCAGCAGAGGAGGACUACUGAGGACGCCGCGGAAUAAUAAAUCCAAGUACGCCAAUAUGAUUUGCGAUUUUUGUAAUAUGAGAGGGCACAUCAAGCGCAAAUGUUAUGCGUUGAAAAAUUUGCUAAAUCACCGUGUUCAUUCUAUUGAUGAGGAUGACCCCAAAGAAGGACCUAGUACAAGACCCAGUGUCGACGAAAACCUGAAUGAGCUGAUGGGAAGAAUGACAACUCGCGACUCGGACGACGAAAGUGAUGGAUACAAUUCAGGUGACGAUCAAAACUAUUUACAGUGUAUGCAUGUAGGUUCCAUUAACAAGAUAAGCGAUCCAUGUUUAAUUAAUGUAAAAAUAGAAGGUAGACCGGUCCAAAUGGAAGUCGACUGUGGCUCAUCGGUUUCGGUUAUGGGAAAGAAGCAAUACUUCAAUACUUUCACUAACCCUUUAAGGAGAUGCGACAAACAACUGGUAGUGGUUAAUGGAGCGAAACUAAGCAUUGAGGGGGAAACAACUGUUUCAAUUAAAGUUGGUCAAAAGACUGAACAACUAAAACUUUUGGUAUUGAAUUGCGAUUACAAUUUUAUUCCACUUUUUGGAAGAAGUUGGUUAGAUGUAUACUACCCAAACUGGAGAAACUCGUUUACAAAUUCGCUCAUGAUUAAUAAUUUAAAUGAAAAUCAAUCUGCUUUAACUGACGAUGUCAAAAACAAAUAUGCUAAGGUAUUUAUUAAAGAUUUUUCUACACCAAUAAUUGGUUUCGAGGCAGAUUUAGUUUUAAAACAUGAUAUCCCGAUUUUUAGAAAAGCUUAUGACGUUCCCUACCGUAUGAGGGAGAAAGUUUUAGAUUAUUUGGAAAAACUGGAGAGGGAGAAAGUAAUUACCCCUGUGCAGACGAGUGAGUGGGCAUCCCCUGUUAUAGUAGUUGUAAAGAAAAAUAAUGAAAUUAGACUGGUUAUUGACUGUAAAGUCUCAAUAAACAAGCUAAUCAUUCCCAACACGUAUCCAUUGCCGGCGGCGCAAGAUAUUUUUGCCAAGUUAGCAGGUUGCAAGGUAUUUUGUGCCUUAGAUUUGGAGGGUGCCUACACCCAAUUAGCUCUGACGGAAAGAUCGAGGAAAAUAACCGUUAUCAAUACAAUCAAGGGACUUUACACGUAUAACAGGCUACCCCAAGGUGCCUCAUCGAGCGCCUCCAUUUUCCAAAAAGUAAUGGACCAAGUGUUGGAGGGCAUUGAAAAUGUGUCAUGUUAUUUAGACGACGUGCUUAUUGCCGGAAUUAAUUUAGAAGACUGCAAAAGGAAACUUUGUUUGGUUUUAGAGAGAUUGGCUAAAGCCAAUAUAAAGGUAAAUUUAGAAAAAUGCAAGUUUUUUGUAGAAGAGUUGCCAUAUCUUGGACAUGUUAUCAGUGAGAACGGUUUGUUACCAUGUGCGGAUAAAAUUGCUACCAUUCGUAAUGCUAAACCUCCUAAGAAUGAAUCGGAGCUCAAAUCAUUCUUGGGGUUAAUCAAUUAUUACCAUAAGUUCAUACCAAAUCUGUCUUCAAAACUGUUUUUCCUGUAUAAUUUACUUAAGAAAGACGUUAAGUUUAUUUGGGAUGAAAAUUGUAGCAAAGCAUUUGAGUCUGCAAAGAACUCACUGUUAGCCACUAGUUUCCUUGAGUUUUAUGACCCAAGAAAGCCUAUAGUGGUAAUGUCCGAUGCAUCUAGUUACGGCUUAGGAGGGGUGAUUGCUCAUGUCACAGAGGGAGUUGAGAGACCAAUUUGUUUCACAUCCUUCUCGUUGAACGAUAGUCAGAAGAAAUACCCUAUCCUUCAUUUGGAGGCUUUGGCGCUGGUGUGUACUAUAAAAAAAAUUCCAUAAGUAUCUGUAUGGCCAAAGCUUCGUGGUAUAUACAGAUCACAAACCAUUGUUGGGUAUUUUUGGGAAGGAUGGGAAAAAUUCCAUAUAUGUGACAAGGUUACAACGGCUCAUUUUGGAGGUAUCCAUUUACGAUUUUGAAAUAAAAUAUAGACCAUCUCGACAAUUAGGGAAUGCGGAUUUUUGUUCGCGUUUCCCUUUAGAACAGGAAGUCCCAAAGGAAUACGAGCUUGUUAGAAGCAUUAAUUUUGGAAAUGAGUUGCCAAUUGAUAAUAAGAGUAUAGCUUUAGAAACAAAACGGGAUAAAUUCCUAUUGGAAAUUAUGCAAUUUUUGCAAAAUGGGUGGCCAUCAAAAAUUGAAAACCAUUACAAAAAUGUUUAUACGAAUCAGCACGACUUGGAAAUUGUGGACGAUUGUUUAAUGUUUCAAGAUAGGGUGGUCAUACCACAAAAAUUGCAACUUAGCAUACUGAAACUCCUUCAUGCUAAUCAUGCAGGAAUGGUUAGAAUGAAACAAUUGGCACGUCGGACCGUGUAUUGGUUUGGAAUUAAUGAUGAUAUCGAGAAAUACGUCCGUUUGUGUGAUAUUUGUAACAGCAUGGCCAUUGUUCCUAAGCAAAAAAUUGACUCUAAAUGGAUACCUACUAUAAAGCCUUUCAGCCGAAUCCACAUUGAUUUUUUUCAUUUCCGCCAGUCUACGUUUUUACUGAUAGUUGAUAGUUAUUCUAAAUGGUUAGAGGUUGAGUGGAUGAAAGAUGGGUCGGAUUGUGAGAAGGUUCUUAGGAAGUUAGUGGCUUAUUUCGCCCGAUUUGGUCUCCCAGAUGUUCUGGUAUCUGACGGCGGCCCACCGUUCAAUGCUUUUAAAUUUGUAAAUUUUUUAAAGAACCAGGGAGUUGUAGUGCUCAAAAGCCCACCGUACAAUCCACCAAGCAAUGGACAGGCGGAAAGGUCGGUAAGAACUGUGAAGGACGUUUUAAAAAAAUUCUUAUUGGAACCUGAAAUGAAGGGUUUGCAUUUAGAAGAUCAAAUUAAUUUAUUCCUUUUUAACUAUCGAAACAAUUGUUUGGCAGAGGAUGGUACCUUUCCAUCGCAUAAAAUUUUUAAUUAUGAACCGAAAACAAUUUUAGAUUUAAUUAAUCCUAAGAAACUCUUUGAGAAUAACUUGUCUACACCACGGUAUGAUGAUACUAACAGAUCGAAAACUAUUGGUUUGCAAAAAACCGAAAAGGAUUUGUUGGAAAAUCUGACUUCAGGAGAGGAGGUGUGGUACAAGAAUCAUAACUCUAAUAACACUGCCAAAUGGAUCAAAGCAAUAUUUCUAAAAAAAUAUUCUAAAAAUAUUUUCCAGAUUCAAAUUGGAAGCGUGGUAACUACCGCACAUCGCGUACAACUGAGGAUGAUCAAUAAUGGCAUUCAGUCGGCACGUCCCAACGUUGUGGUAUCGUUCAACAGAUCUGGCCAAAUGGCAGAGGCGAUUAUUGAGCGUUGUACAACGGAAGGAGUGGAUAACGGGUCUGAUAAUCGGACAACGGGAAAUUCCAUUGAGGAAGAUCGAAGAAGACGAAAACGUAAGGCGGAUCCAUCGAACGAACCACCAAGGCGAUCCAAGAGGACACGUCGGCCGAAUUUAAGUGAUGAUUUUGUUUACUGAAGAUUAGGAGUCAUUUAGUAUAAGAGUAAGAUCGGUUCCUUAUGGAACUUUCUGAAUUAUUGAUCUAGAAUUAGAAAGACCUUGCUGACAUAUCAGCUAUCGAACAUUUGUAACUUUUCUUAAUUUGUAUUUUUGUGUAUUCUUUCUUAAAAGGGCAAGAAGUUGUUAUAUUCGAAUUUGAGCUACUGUCUAAUGACAGUGAGCAAUACCAACCUUAACAAUUAGAAGUGCCAAAAUGUGAAUAGCAUAAAAGAGGAAUAAACUGAGGACCCGUCCUCUUUCGUGUUUGGAACGUCAACGCAGAAACAUCUAUUCUUAUUCUACCAACCUCGUCACAUACCCCCGGAGUUAUAUAGUGAGACUUCAUCGUCAGACAUAAUAC